CCUCAAUAGGUUUGCAGCUGGAUCUGGAUAUCGACAUUUACAGUGCAGUAUGAUGUCACUAAUACGUACGGUGAUCCUAGCGGUCUGCUGUAUCCGUAAUGGAGCAGCCAGACAGACUAGAGGGAUGCUGCCAAUUGUACAAGGGAGUUACACUUUUAGAUCUGGUGGUGAGAAAGUAUUUUUGUUAGGAGAGACGGAUUCUACGGCAGUUCUUUCUGCGGGAUUGGUAGAAUCAUUCGAAGCUUGGAUUGAUGAGCCUGCUCCCCUAUCAUUCCAAGUAUGGAGACCAAAGUUAGACGACCAGUAUGAACUAGUUGGUCAGGUUCGAGUUCCCGACGAUAGUCUUCGCAAAGGGCAUUUAAUUUUUCCUCUCGAACCAAGUGAAAAAUUUAUCAUAGCCGAUGGCGACGCAUUAGGAUUUUACGCGCACACUCAAGUCAUCCCAGUCAGCGCCUCAUUCAACACGAACUCUAAAAUCAAACAGUUGACAACGUUAGAUGGAGAACAUGCAGUUGGCGAUAUCGAGACAUUUGAUGAUAUUCCUUAUCCUUAUUCAUUUGCCUUUGCAGUUAACUAUGAUGAAAUUGAACCAACGACUGAAGCACCAUCAACACAACUGCCAACGACUACCGAGCCAGCAACACAGCCACCAACUACAACAAACCCAGCAACAAAUACAUCCACCACAACACAGAAAACAGCCCAGCCACCCAUCACAACAAAAUCAGCAACACAGCCGCCCACCACAACAAAACAAGCAACACAGCCGCCCACCACAAUACAGCAAGCAACACAGCCACCCACCACAACACAGCAAAUAACACAGCCACCCAUCACAACAAAAUCAGCAACACAGCCGCCAACCAUAACAAAACUAACAACAGAGCCGUCAACCACAACAAAACCAGCAACACAGCCACCCACCACAACACAGCAAGCAACACAGCCGCCCACCACAACACAGCAAGUAACACAGCCACC